AGUAAGAUUUGUCAGCCACAACAUCCUGACAUUGCUCCUGCACAUGCUGAGCCUCUCAUUCCACGUUCAUAUGCUUAGCACUCUGUAAUUCCUCCUUCACAUGCUGAGCACUUCUCCUGUCCUGGAUGCCGGGUGUAAUUCUCGGUAUCUCCUCUUAUUCUGCAUGUAUGGACUCUGCACAGUCCCACUUCUCCUGUCCCGGAUGCUGGGUGUCAUUCUCGGUAUCGGUCCUUAUUCUGUAAGUAUGGACUCUGCACAGUCCCACUUCUCCUGUCCUGGUAUGCCGGGUGUCAUUCUUAGUAUCGGUCCUUAUUCUGUAUGUAUGGACUCUGCACAGUCCCACUUCUCCUGU